AUUAUCCAUCCCCUCAAACGUUUCUCCCGAAGCAAAACAAACUGAAAACAAAAUCAAAUAAAGUAAUUAUUGAAAACUAGAUUUUUAAUCUAACAAAACGUUUCAAUUUGCAUCUUCCAAUCACUUUGAAAGCAGUUUUUUGAGGUAAAAAUCCCCCAAUAAGAAGGGGAAAAGAAACAGUUAGUUGCUCCGGAAAUGGCGGACGCGUUUUGUUCGGACUGCAAGCGGAACACAGAGGUCGUUUUCGACCAUUCCGCCGGCGACACCGUCUGUUCGGAGUGCGGCUUGGUCUUAGAGUCGCAUUCUAUCGAUGAGACAUCGGAGUGGAGAACCUUCGCCAACGAGUCCGGCGAUAAUGAUCCCGUCCGUGUCGGCGGUCCCACCAAUCCGCUUUUGGCGGAUGGCGGUUUAUCCACCGUUAUCGCUAAGCCUAACGGUGCUUCCGGGGAGUUCCUCUCAUCCUCGCUGGGUCGGUGGCAGAAUCGUGGGUCGAAUCCGGAUCGGGGGUUGAUUCUCGCUUUUAAGACUAUUGCUACAAUGUCUGAUAGGUUGGGUCUUGUCGCGACCAUCAAGGAUCGAGCCAAUGAGAUAUAUAAGAAGGUGGAAGACCAGAAGUCUAGUAGAGGAAGAAAUCAGGAUGCAUUGUUGGCUGCUUGCCUUUACAUUGCUUGUCGACAAGAGGACAAGCCACGCACUGUCAAGGAAAUUUGCUCUGUUGCCAAUGGAGCCACAAAGAAAGAAAUUGGCCGAGCAAAAGAAUACAUAGUGAAACAACUGGGAUUGGAGACUGGUCAGUCUGUGGAGAUGGGAGCCAUACAUGCUGGUGACUUCAUGAGGCGUUUUUGUUCCAAUCUUGGCAUGAAUAAUCAAGCAGUUAAAGCUGCCCAAGAAGCAGUUCAGAAGUCUGAGGAGUUUGAUAUAAGGCGGAGCCCUAUAUCAAUUGCAGCUGCAGUUAUUUAUAUCAUAACACAGCUGUCGGAUGAUAAGAAGCCACUUAAAGAUAUUUCUGUUGCUACGGGAGUUGCGGAAGGGACGAUCCGAAAUUCAUACAAGGAUCUUUAUCCCCAUGUGUCCAAGAUAAUACCAAACUGGUAUGCCAAGGAAGAAGAUCUCAAGAACCUAUGCAGUCCUUGAAUUACAGAACUGACAAUAAUGGAGAUACCACAAACAAAACCCUCAAAGUGCUGAGUUCUCUCUCUCGGGAUCUUGUGGAACUCUCAGUACAUUCCGAUAAUGAUGUUCUAUUUUUUUUUUAAUCCUUUUUUAUUUUUCUUGCAUAACUCCGCCCGUGCAAGUAGAGACAAAGGGGGAAGGGAGGAAAUGUGGAAAAAGAAGUCUAUGGUAUUUACUGAUUAAUUUUUAUGCAUGUUUGAAGUUUUAGCAAA